AAAACCAUCGGUAAUUAGCCUUUUCUGCAAUAAUUUGUAAGCUAAAAUAAAGAAUUGUGAAAUUGUAUUAGAAGAAGUGUGCAGGUGGCUUAUAAUUCGACGUGGACAGACGGCUUAACCAACAUCCGAUUAUUGGAUUCGAUUGGAAAAUAUUGGUGUUUCUAUCAGGAGGCGCGGCUGAAACAGUGGCCAGAGAGCAAGCAGCAGCGGAGAUUCGAUAGUGCAAAGGAACGCAAUGCAGGAGUGAUUUUUUACAUCGAUAGUGAAGGUCCAUCGUCACCACUGACUCACUCACCUACCUGGUCAUUGUUGGUCACAAAGGCAAAGCCAGUCUUACUAAUAACCUGCAUAAAUUCGUGUGUUUACAUUUGUGCGCUCUGUGGUAUGGUCAUCGCGAAACGUCAUUCAUUAUUCACAAAGCAGUGUAUACCUCGCGCGCUCCACAUUUCAACACAUAUUUAUCUCGUAUAUAGACAACGUCGUCACCCACAAGUCAUCUGCACUAUUUAAUAAUUUCGUGAUCAGCAACAGCACGUGCCAAAAUAACAAAAAAGCGAAAAAGAACGAAUUCGCAAAACGUCUAUUUAUACAUACGUAAAUCUUAGCUGCUCUGCUCAUUGUAAUAUUUAAUACGUCUGGGGAAUGUGGACGUUGUCAUACAGAAAGAUAAACUUGGUUCACCAACUGGAGGUUUGAAUGACGGUAAUAUAGCCGCACUCGGUCUAGGCGCAUUGAUGGCUACGGGAGGUAUUGAUUUGGGCGAUUUAGCCCAGGAGUUAGAUCAGGAUGAAUUUGACGGCCCAAAUAUGUUGAAUGGUGAACGUCCAGCCAUAAUUGCUCCACCCGAGAGUGAAUGGUAUCAUGGACGUUUGGAUCGAUAUUCGGCUGAAUCGCGACUACGCGGAAGCAGCAAAUUGGGCAGCUAUUUAGUACGUGAGAGUGAUCGUAAACCCGGCUCAUAUGUGCUCAGCUAUUUGGGUCGCACAGGCAUUAAUCAUUUUCGCAUUACGGCUGUGUGCGGCGACUUUUAUAUAGGCGGUCGCCAAUUCGUUUCAUUGAGCGAUCUCGUUGGCUACUACACAUCAUGUAGUGAUUUGCUAAAACGUGAACGCCUGGUUAUACCAGUGCCACCGCCCGAGCCGGUGAAUGAUAAGAAGCGUGUUGUAGCACAUUUACCCUACACUAAAAUGGCCGACACCGAUGAGUUGAGUUUCCAGAAGGGUGACAUAUUCUUUGUACACAAUGACAUGGGCGAUGGUUGGUUGUGGGUGACGGCGCAUCGCACCGGUGAGCAGGGCAUGAUCUUUCGUGAACUAGUCGAAGAUUUGGAUCCGGUCAUUGAUCCUAAUACGGUGUUUCCGUGGUUCCAUCCAAACUGCACGAAGAAUGAAGCUGUCGAUAUGUUGGUGAAGGCCGGACCAGGCAGUUUCUUGGUGCGCCCUAGUGAUAAUUCGCCUGGUGAUUAUUCGCUCUUCUUCCACAUCAACAAUCAAAUUCAACGUUUUCGCAUUGAGAAAAAGGGCGUGCGUUAUCUGAUGGGUGGACGUACGUUCGAGUGUCUUGACGCCGUGAUUAAUCGCUAUCGCAAAGAGCAAAUCGUCGAGGGCCACUCGCUCAGUCAUCCGGUGGUCAAUGGCUCGCAGCCGGAAUUCAAUCAGCAGUUCGUCGUUGAAAAGGCUGCUGAAAAAAUAUACGCCACACUGCGUGAAUGUCGCGAUCAAAUUGGUUUGAAGAAGAUAAAGGGCAUCAAGCAUCACGGCCACUUGUUCAAAAAGUCCGAUAAGACAGCCAAAUGGAAGCAACUGUACUUUGCGCUUAUCAGCGAGGGCAGCGAAACGCAUCUUUGCUUCUACGACAAUCCGAAAAAGACUAAACCGAAAGGUCUCAUCGAUCUAUCGUGUGCCUAUCUCUAUCAGUGCCAUGAAUCGCUAUGGGAGCGGCCAUAUUGUUUUCAAAUCGUCGAGCGCGCGUUGCCGUGCUUGGCCAACAACACGUAUUUGUGCGCGACGCAGGAGACCUACGUGGAGUGGAUCAAUGCAUUAAAGGCGCAAUGCAGUUCGCAGUUCAGUCGCGCGCAAAUCAAAGUGCCCUGCUUGCGUGAGCUGCGCUGCUUGAAUUUACAUGUAUUGGAGGCGCAUAAGUUGCCAUUCAAAUUGGUGCCACAUCCGUACUGCAGCAUAUCGCUGAAUCAGGUGAAGGUGGGAAAGACGCGCGUGAAGAUUGCACCAGACCCGGUGUGGGAGGAGGAAUUUGUAUUGGACGACGUGCCGCCCGAUGUGGUUUCACUCACCAUAACUCUUGUUUCACGUGGCAAGCGCGGCAAGGAUUCGGAAGUGGCUGAGCUGACCAUCGACUUGGCUAGCCUAAAGAAUGGCCAAGAGACCGAGGGAUGGCAUCAACUCACCGGCAUGACUCCGAUGGGAGAGUGGGGUUCGUUGCGCCUGCGCAUGCGCUACCUCGACGAUUUGAUUAUGCCCUGCGAGGAGUAUAGCCCGCUGCAAGAACUGCUGCUGGAGCCAGAACUGUGCGUCGUGAAAGCAUUGGCUGAACUCUGCCACAACGAUCGGGUGCCUCUCGCCACUGCGCUGUUGCGCGUGUUCCGCCACGAGAAGCGUGAGACCGAACUGAUACGCAUACUUUGCCAGGCAGAGGUAGCACGCGAAAAUGAGACCACCACACUCUUCCGCGGUGCUUCGUUGGCCACCACGCUAAUGGAUUUGCACAUGCGCACUGAGUGUACCGGCUUCUUGAAUGCCGCCGUUUCGGAGACAGUGCAGCGCAUACUCGACAGCAAGCAGUCGGCCGAGCUGAAUCCCACCAAGAUGGAUGUGAAUGACGAUGCCUGCUCGAAUGCCGAAUUUUUGUUGCAAAUACUCGAUUUGGUGACGCAUUCGAUUUUCACCUCGCCCGAGGCGUGUCCACGCAGCGUGCGCUACAUAUGCAAUUGCCUGCAGAAGGCAGUUGUGGCUAAGUGGCCCACAGAGCGUUUGGUGCGCACGCGCGUCGUUUCUGGCUUCAUAUUCUUGCGUCUGCUAUGCCCGGCGCUGCUGAAUCCGCGUCAAUUCGGUUUGGUAAGCGAGACGCCGCCAACAAUGGCAACACGCUCGCUGAUUAUGGUGGCCAAAUGUUUGCAAAAUCUGGCCAAUCUCAUCGAGUUUGGAGGCAAGGAGCAAUACAUGGAGGUGGUCAACCCAUUCAUAUUGAAGAACAAAGAGCGCAUGAUUGUAUUUCUUGAUCAAUUAUCGCUUGUUACGGAUCCGAAUCCGCCGCCUGGCAUGUUCAGUGAACAAAAUUCCAAUCACACUGUGCAGGAUACUGGUCGCGAACUGGCCACACUCCAUCACAUUUGCGUCUCCUACUUGCCCGAGCUGCAAGGACUCUCGAAUAUACUAUCCAUUAAGAAAUUGGUUACAGUCACCGAUAUGCUGACAAAACAUAAACUAAAAUAUCGCGAAAAGAUUAGCUAAGAUGAUUGUGAAUAAGUUGCGUCGAGUGCUGCAGCGCAUUAGCCAAGCCGUGGCAGCAGUGCAAGUCAGCUACCACAAGUCAGCACAGCAGUUAGGCAGCGGGGAAAUUUAGAGUGGUGCAAAAAUGAAAUAUGUAGUAAAGAAACAGAAGCAACACCAAACAAUUAUUUGUGCGAUAAAUAGUACGCUAACGCCCCUACAUAAAUGUAAUGCGCGGUCGAAUGUAAAAACAUACAUAUUCACUUAGGAAUUGCGAAUACAAAGUGUUGACGGCGCCCGUAAACUAAGACCGAUUUUCACGUACGUGAAGUAAUAAACAUUUUUUAUAAUAAUUUUUGUAUGAACUUUCUUGGCAUGUUGCGCAGUAGAAUGAGCAGUUGGCGCGCAUAUUUUUCGUUUGCGCGGCCGAACACUUUCUAGUAGCGUUUAGCUUAGAAAAAGUUAUUUUUAAAGCUGGAUGUUUAGCUGAAGAAUUCCAUAAGGCCAAAAUAUGUGCUGCAAUGUUAACGGUGAUUUUUCUUAUUUUUCGAUUUUAAAUUAUUUAAAAUUAGUUAUGCGAAAAUUCUUACGUCAGAUGUAUGUAUCUCUCUUUUGCAUUUGUUUUAAAUACGAUAUAAAUAUCUAAGGAACAAAGUGCUAAAUCAAUUUUGUCACAAGCCUUGAAACUUUAAAACAGUUACUCAAGAAGAAGCUUUUUUAUAGUAUGUUUUUAAGCCUAAAAUUUUUCAUCAUAUGACAUUUUGUGCUAAAACUAUACGAAUACCGAUAUUUAUUUUAACUGGGUAAACCUUGAAAUUUACG